AUGUAGAGUGAGUGUACGCAUGCGCUUCGCCGUUGGCCCGAAAUUCAAAAGUUGUUCAUAAUCGUUCAAAAUCAUGUUGUGAAGCAAUUCGUUCCAAAUUUCUUGUAUUAACAAAGAGGCUUAAUUUUCAGAACCAUCAAAUAUUAUGGAUUCAAGAUCUGGAGAAAGCCAGUUAUCAACAGAUGAUGAUGACUUGGGGCUGCAGUCAAUGGCCUACAUAACUACUGCCCAAGCCAAGUUAGAUGAAGGAGAUGUUGAUGGUUGCCUGAAAAUCAUUCUUCAAGGCACAACAGUGGGUGCAGAGCCAGCUAUAUUGCUAUCCAGGGCACACCAGAAUGUUUUAAAUGGCCAAAAGAAACUCAUGGCUCUUCCUUCUGCAAAGAAAAGUAUCCAGCCUACUCCAGCUAGCACUGAACGAAAAAUGUCGAAUUCCAGCUUUGAAUCGAGCAAAUGGCUGCAGCAAAUAAAACGAAAAAAGAAGCUGAACUGGGCUCCUCCGUUGCGCCCUGUAAAAAGCACUCCAAGCCGGACUGAAGUACUAAAGAUAAACAUAAAGAAACUAGAAUUGUCUCCUAUUCCUUCUUCGGUCCUCUUGUACUCCCCUUCCCCUAUGAAACCAAUUAUACCUGUCAGUCAAAGCAGGCCAGUUGAUUAUGACAAUGGGUCUUUCCAAGCUUGUAGCUCGAGUUCACACUAUUCUGAGGUGAUGGGCACUAACAAGGAUAUCUGCCUUUCUCAAAAGGAUGCAACUCUUACUAGUAAAAGCCCAUCGGUAGAUGUUAGCUGCUCGUCAAUGACCACAGAUGGCACAUCUAGAUGUGAGGUGGAAAAGCAAUGUUUCGGUGAAGCAAGUAUAGCGCCUAAAAAACAACGAUCUGAAGCAUGCCUAACAGACACGAUGUUGGCCGUAAAACAAGAUGGUACAAGUGAUAUGUGCCCUCCAAACUGUGCAUCUGCUAAGCUACAAGGGAAUACUGAGGCCUUGCUGCAGAAUACAGUUGCCAAAGGGACCGACUCUGCAUCUAAUCUCGGAGAUUUAAAGAAAACCUGUCAGAAGGUCAGCGAAGCCGCAUCUAUUCGCAAAGAAAGCAAGGAGGCCACAGAGGGUCUGACAACGAGAAGCCCUGACUCCUUAUUUGGUAUUGACUUUUGUUCCGAGAACACUAGUGACCGUUUCUCAUAUCACACAGACACCAAUUUUUUCUCUGAGAAAUUUCGAUGCAACAGUGACAGUGGUUUUCAGGAGGUACCCUUGAAGAAUACUACGACUCCACAUACUAUGCCAGUAGCAAAAAGAAUUGAGAGUGACAAUUACAGUCUUCCUGGGUUUUCGAUUGAUGCCAAAAAAGGAUGUUUUAAUGAGGCUACAGCAGAAAUUCAUAAUACCACUCCAAUCAGAAGCAAUAUCUCUGGAGUGGUUGACCUUGGCUGGAAGGCAUCUUCAAAUGACGGGCAACCAAAAGGAAGUCAAGUUAUCAAUCGGAAAACUGCUUCAUCGCAAAGCCAUGACUCCUUCAAAAAGCCUGUAGCACCUGCAGUAAGACUAUGUCAUGUGGAUCGAGAGGUAGAUGCGAGUGCGACUCUACAAAAUCAUGUUAUCCCUACUCAAAGUAGCACUGGUGUUAGUAAGCAAAAACAGGGUACCAAUGCAAAGCCAUCGGACCUGUCUGAGUAUCUAAUGAAGAUGAAAAAUGCAGCUGCGGAGGCCAGUAGCACAACCAAGAAACACAAAGUCAUAAGAAUCAAGAAGGAGAGAUACAAAGUUAUAUCCGUGCUUGGCAGAGGUGGAUCUGGCAAAGUUUAUGAAGUAGAGAACGAUGAUGGAAGAGCCUUUGCAAUGAAAUGUGUCCGGCUGGAUGAUCUUGAUGACGUCGUCUUCCAAUCACACAUUAACGAAAUUGAGAUUUUGAGGACACUCAGAAACGAGCCUUGUAUCAUUCAACUCCAUGAAUACGAACUCAAGAACGAAACACUCUUUAUGCUAAUGGAGAAAGGUGAAAUGGACCUCGAGAAGUAUUUGCGUUUGAACAACAAGCUGGAGGAUGGCCGCAUCAGGACGCUUUGGGUUCAAAUGCUCAGUGCUGUUGCCAGUAUACACAAGCAGGGAAUAAUACAUACAGACUUAAAGCCUCCAAAUUUCCUUUUCGUUGAUUCUGCGUUGAAACUCAUCGAUUUUGGCAUAGCAAAGGGCUUGCAGGACAAUUGCACAAGCACACAACGAGACUUUAUGAUAGGCACCUUGAAUUACAUGGCACCGGAGUCCGUUUCUGAAUCUGAGUACGACAGAAAAGACACCAAUUGCUCGAAAAAGAAUUACAAGAUCAGACGAGCAACUGAUAUUUGGAGUUUGGGCUGCAUUCUAUAUUUGAUUGUCUAUGGAAAAACACCAUUUCAGCACAUACAGAACCGAGCUCUUAAAGUUGUCGAAAUCACCGAGGGGCGUGAUAUUAUCUUUCCAGACAUACCUAACAAAGAUUUGCUUGAUACUAUGAAGGGUUGUUUAAAAAGGAAUCCUGCCCUGAGGUACACCAUUGAGCAGCUGUUAUCACAUGCAUUCGUGACUGGAAAAGGGUCAUUUUUCAAUGAUGAAAAAGAAAAUGACGUCACAUUGGAAAAUACAGGGCACAUGAAAGCUUUUAUGGAACACGUAAAGGAAUCAUCCGUCAACUCGCCAAAAUCUCUUCAAAGAAUACAAACCAGUUUUGCAAGAAGAGCUUUGGCCGACUCGAAUUCCGUGAAUCCAGCUCGAAAGGUUGUUUUCUAAUUGACUGAGUUGUUUUUUUGUGGCAACUUUAAUUACCCUCAACCUGGUCGUACUGGAGGACACAGAGCUUUCUGUCAACCAAAAAUGAAUCUGAAGAUUUGAUCAUGUUCUUCUGCACCGUGACUUUAUAAACAAUGUGAUUACUCUCUUUUGAGUCCUCUUUGGAAGUUGUGCCUUCUGUUAGACUCGAUAUUCAGCCAUACUUAGGCCAAUAUCAUACAUUUUUAAAAACCUUCCCCAGAAAUGAAAAGAAAGGUGUAGUUAGUCAAGUGUAGAAGCUAAAAUUAUCCUGGUCGUGGUUACCAUCCUAGCUGUGUUUGCCAUGUGUCUGGAUUUUGUCGAACUAUAAGCAAUUUAUUGUAAUAGGUUGAACAAGUAGCUUCGUAAUUUUGCAAAUAUUCAGUUGGUAUCAAAGCGAUGGUUUUAUUGACCUUGCUCUCUGAACACCCUAUAAGGCAUACUUGCAGUCGUUUACUCUGUUCUUAUUAAUUUCUCGUCUAUCCAAAAAGGGAAAUAGAAGAUAAAUUCUCAUCAAUGAGACUCAGAUUCAUAUAAUGCAUUUCACGAGGCCAUUUACUUCAUUACUUCGGCUAUAUUUCAAGAUAUGUAAGAACGAAAACAUCCAGCUUUGAAGCUGUCUUGGGUUGCGCCUAAGUGAUGACGUCCUCAAACACAUAUUUUGAAUUUGAAUUUCAUAAGAGCAUUAUGAAACACCUCUAAAUGUGCAAAAUGAAUGUAGUGAGAUACAAAAUUGGCUGAGAUACGGCCAAAUAUACAAAUGCUCUUUCCUUGUCAAGUCACUCUCAUUCAGCCCUUGUUUCAAAAUCUAUGAGCCAGGUGAAACACAGCAAUCCUAAGCAAAAGUCAGUUCUUUCAUUUGCUAUCUCUGUCAAUAUGUGACAGAUUUAGCGUAUGAAACACAUUUAGAGAUGUUCAGUGGUGCUGUUUCCGGUUACAUGGUCAAAAGUCAAUCUAUGCUUUGCUUUAUGACGUCACCCUUAUAACUCCAUGUAUCGAGCCUAUGUAUAUUUUUCUCAAUAUAUGACCUGUAAGUGCAAUAGAGAAGUAUAAUUAUGAUAAAAAACCUCAGAAAGGCAUCUCUCACAAGUUAACCGCAGUAGACAUUCUAAAAGAUCCCAGUCGCUUAUCUAGAAGAUAUCUUUCAAUUUUCAUUUUUCGUUUAUAUAGGCCACAGAAGUUUCUAGAAUCAAAUAGUUGAUGUGUGAGACACCAAUUUAGCCAAUUUCACAUACAGCAGUCAGGAAUAUUUACAAUUUGAUUAUACUUUGAUGCGUUAUUUCUAUAGAAUCUGUAACACAUUGCGUGACCCAUUUUGUUACAGCUGCAUCUGUUACGUUUCUAUUUCUAAUUAGUUUUAGUUUCUACUUUGUAAUCUAGACUCAAUUAGCUUAUUCAAUGUAGACAUAAGUAAACAAAAUAAUUGCUAUAUAAUAAUUCAAUGUUAGACAUUUCUAAACAUUGUUGCAACAUGAUUCGUAACUAUGCAACCAAUCCUUGUGGCAUACUGAUGGUUAUAACCCUUUUAGACGUUGAACCAAACAAGUAAAUAUAUGAACAUGUAUUUACGUAAAUAAAAUUCUUGUCAUGUAUAUCUCAUUUAGUUUGAACCCACUCCUUCUUAAGGAAACGAAUGAAAUUCAACAGAACGACGUCAAUCUGUCAAGAUAUCCUGAUUUUAAAUAUCUGCCGGACAAUACCUUUUUAAGAAUGUUUGCUGCAAGAUAAAACGAUAAUUUUCUUGGGAAUGUUGUGUACGAGAAAACUGUCUGUGUAUGUUGUUUGCUCAAUUUCUUCUCCCACGCAGAUAAAUAGGUGUUCUUCUACAUCGAAGCCUUGACCUCGAUUUGAUGCACGCAUUUUUUUGUAAGCAGCUAGAGCCCACUAUUAAAAGCUGCGUGCUAAUAAGAAUCUCAGAGUACUGCAAAUUUCCUCGAUUGUUGCAGUAUUCGAGUAGAAAGAUAUUUUCAAGACCACGUUCGUAUUUUUGGUAGGUAACCUCACGAAAGGAUACGAUGACCCAAUCAAAAAUACCAUUUCAUGGAAUAAUGGUACCUAACCAGUAUCCUGCUUCUCGAAAACAACCAGAUACUAUUUUUUUACGAGGCAAUGUGAAUUGAUUUCUCAUGAUCUACGUUUCUAGUGGAAAGUGCGCGAAUUUUUGAGUAUGUAUCUGUUUUAAUAAGGUCUUUUUCUGGAAUUUGCACAACUUUGGUUAAGAUUUUAUCAUAAAAGUUAUCCCUUCUGACUGAAUUUCCGGUUAUUGAUUCCCUAUUAAAGUAGCAAAACUUGACUAGCUACCAAAAUUGAAACAUUAGUAGCAUCUAAAAUUAGAACAUUAUCUUAAUGCAGUAUGAUUAGUUGGUUUUUCAUUGCGUCAUAAAAUAGGAAGUCAACUGUCGCAUGCGCGCUAGCCUGUGAAUCUCCACCCCCAAGUGGUCGUACAGUUCUUCAGGUUGGCAACCGGGUUUCUAUACUCAUUGGUGUCUGUCCACAUGGGUGCUUGCACGCCAUGCUGUGGAAAACCAAUCCAGACACAGAAGCCUUUCUUUGCGCUCCCAAGCAGGAUGUACAAUCAUUUUUUGAAACUCACCACUGCUUCAAAUAAUCUCACGCUGAAAAUGGCUUUUUACUUUCAUUUGAAAUCGGUGUACAUGCAAUUGGCUUAUCGUGCCACUGCAGCGUCUAAUCUUUUCCGCAGCUAGUCCCCAAAUCGUUAGUCGUAACCUAACUUGGUAUUUUGAUAGCUUUAUAACACACAAGAUUGCAUUUGAUAUUUGCAAUCCAUCUAAUACAUUUAUUCCUAAUGCUAAUCAAAUUAGCAAAAUCCUUGGCUAAAUGAAAAAUAUUUUAAUCUGCUUUAAGGUCUAAAAGCUUUUGCCAAUUAAUCAGCAAUAAUAGAGUAUAUUUUCUAAGUAUUGCUAGAAACUAAGUGCUGGCUUUGUGAUACGAGAAGCUUGUCACAGAACCAUCUUGACUUCUUCCACUGUACACUCAAUCUUCGCAAAAGCCGUUCGUCAAUUCUACUGUCAAGUGCUUGGAUGUGACGUCACCUACAACGACAAGACUGAUCUAGAUUGGUUCUUCUAAAACAUGGAAAACCUUUUGGGUGCUUUUAGAUAUGCAUGUCUAUUAGUAUUAGCCUGCUCACAGACUUUACUGUGCGGCGACCAUAGUGCUGUUUACCCAUAAGGAAUGAAUUUAAUUUUUUCUGUGUUAGCGGUAUUGUAAUCUAACACAAAACACAGAGAUCAAACGAACCAUUAAUAUAAAAAAACAUGUAAGUUAUCAUUAUAAUUAUUUUUUUGGAAUUCCCUCAUAUCGGCAAGAGGAGUAACAUUUGUUGUUUGAAAAGAUAAACUUAGCAGAUUCUCGCCUUGUAAGUUCUAAUCUGCCGAAAUAUUCUCGUUUUUUAAGAGAAAAGGAAUUAGGUUUUAGGUGAGUACUGUUCACAGUAUCACCCGACGUCUCAAAGUAAAUCCGUACACUUGAAAGCUUAGAAUUAUACCAGUCUCAAGUUACUGGUCAAUAUUUGAAAUGUUAUUUCCUUUUUUUGAAAAAGAUUAUGUUAAGCUAAGAGUAAAUUGUUGCAAAAGUAAGAUAUACCACGAUGGUGGUCCUGCUUAGUCGGUCUUUUUUUAGCCGGAAUAGAUCAGGAAAAUUACGAAAGGAAUUUUAUUUUUAGCCCUAUGUGUAAGGUUGAUAGCAAGUUACAAAACAUCCCGGGAAAGCAAAGGAUAUGUUAAUAUGAAAAAAUAUGUUAAUUGCCAUAUCCCCAUUCAAUUCAAGCUGCAAACAGUUAAACUGCUUUGCUGCAGGAAUCUUGGCAAAUUAGUUGGCACACCAUAAUUUUCCAAGCUCUAAAGUUGACAACCUCAGGAACCACCCCCUCAGAUCUUCAACUCUGCCGUUAAAUUCGUCGUUGUUGGGAUUUUUAGCAAAAUGCAAUCUUUAGUCCCCAUAGUCUGACUCACAAUGUGUUCCCUAUUCUAUAGUCGCACCGUUAAAUUGCCUUGGUAGUCUGAACCAAAAAUGUGAAGGAUGGUAUGAGCCUGUGACAACCUCGAUCUCGAUGUUAUCCCGCAAGUAACCUCGUCUUAUUUGCACAAAGAAGGCGGGAAGCCAAAGGAAGCUCUCCUGUUUUUGUUGAGUUUUUGUACACAAUGAAGGAUUUCAUAACAUUUCUACUGUUUAUGAUAUGGCACCAAGACAAUCAAAUUCAAUCUUGCAUCCAUUUUACGCAGCUGAUGCAGUAUCGAUUGGUGUGACGAUGCCUCGAUGAUAAUUGGUAGCACACCUUCCUGGGCUGGUCAUUAGCAAUUGCCAGUCGAUCAGAAUUAGCAAGGUCAUGGAAAAGUCAUCAGAUGGUGAAUAGUGUCACGAUUUCAAUUAAGACCAAAAGCUUUCCGAAGCUUACCUAGAGAAUAAAAGACUGCCCAUCGCUGCAAGUGUGGUCAAUGGUCAACCAAAGCAUCUUUCUAAAACGCAAUUUGGUGGACCAAUGAUGUUAAAGGGCUUUGUUCUUUAAGCCAUAAAUACUGGUUGCGCUGAAUGGAACGUCAGAAGAGCAAAUCGUGACUCGAGGAAACAUCCCUUAGCGAACGAGAAAUAAUUCUUUCGGAUAGACGUCUUGGCGAGACGUGUGGUGAAGGGUUGACAUUGAUCGUGCACCUUAAGAGAAAGAAAUUGCAAAGAAACGAGAUAUCACUGCAAAAGUUUACUGAUCAGAGUCUAAAGAAUUGUCGCAAAGAAAGAAGAAGAUGGAAGGGAGAAGCAGUUUCACCCAGUUCUUUGGCGAAAAAGUUACAUUGAAAAUCAUUCUGGUAUCAAUGAUUGUCCUUCUCCUAGCAUCAUCGAUACAAACAAUGCCUCACUCGAGGGCAAAGAGCCCAAAGUUCUUUGAAUGUAAAAACUCGUGUUUCAUGGCGUACAAAGGUUGCCUUACUAUUGCCACCGAUGUGAUGGAGCACCAAAUCUGUAUUGCCUCCAGAGUUUUCUGCGUUGAAAAAUGUCACCUGCCAUCGUAGUGCGCGGAACUGGGCUUGGAAAAGGAUUCAACCUCAUUAAAAGCAUUUGUAUCCUUCUUGGUAUGGUGCUGAACAUAUGGCCUACUAUUGGCAAGCCUGGACGACGGUUCCGUCCCCCGCGCCGAGUCGAGAACCAUAGGCCUGCCACUCAUCAGAUUAUGGAAGGUGACGCUGUCCGUUGGUGCGUCUAUAGACCAUGACUUGAUGAGAGAAACGUGGCACAAGAACACACUCUUAGAUAAUAAUAAACUGUAUUUUUUAAAUUUUUUUAAGGUCACCUCUUAAUGGUACGAGAUUGUAUAGACUGGGCGUGCUAGAACCUGACCUGAUUGUUGCUAAGCAGAUAUCAUUUAAACUCCUUGAGCUAGGUGACUGAUUUUGCAAUGGUAAACCCCUUUUCAGCCCGAAAUCGUUUCUUUUAUCUCUUUUAUUUUCACCUCAUUUAUACAUAUUUCUAAAUUUGAAUAUAAUUGAGUGUUACCUAGAGAAUGUAUUGUUACCUUGUGAAGGCAACUGACUUGAUAUAUGAUGCAAAACUAUCGUGUCGAACGAAUAGGUUAUAUUAUAAACUCGGAGAUGAGUUUUUUGCCGGUUACAAAUUGCGAGUAUCCUAAUCCUUGGUUUUCAUUUAAUUAACGUAUUUAUAAUAUUUACUCAGUAAAAAAUAUCAAUAAUUUAUUAAAUAAUAUUUACAUUUGUCUAUCAUUGUCAUCCGGAAAUUAAUAUUGAAGCUAAUGUAUUAUAAGUAUUGAACAUCUGUUUACUAUUUAUAGCUUUCUUAUAUAUUUAAGAAGAAAAGAAGAAAGAGUGUUAUAAACGUGAUUUUGUUCUCUUUUAUUUCUCUAUACCAACGCAGUAAAGCUCCGAGGGGAACCAAAAGUGUUUAAGGUUUUAAUAGAGUGUUUUGCCCUCUGCUUUCUUGCUAAAGUUGUAACAGUUAGAAUCUCGUUCAAAGUUGCUUGUUCUUCUUCAUUAUAUCAAUGGUACGUUUUAAGAUUUAAUUACAGUUUCGCGGCAUUCAAUUAUAUGUUUGGGAAUUGUUUGUUUGUAAACAUUUGAAAAAAAAUGUGUCAAAAACAGCAUUAUUUAGUAAGAAAUUAGGCUGAAUUUUAAGUUGUCGGUAAAUUUACCCAUAAGCAGCCUCAAACAGAACAGGCGUUGUCAGUUUAUUCAGAUUGGAACAUACUUCAACGGUCCAAUUUUUGUACAGGUGCAGCAACAUCCCUCCCUUUAUAACACUGCUUGAGUUCCAUUUUCUACAAAUAUGAUCUUCACAUGGAGUAGGACAUGUAAUACAAAUGUUCCGAAACAAUAAAUUCACUGUCUGCUGAUGUUGCAAAAUCACAUUUGUUAUACUGCAACAUUCAGAAAUGUCGAAGCCCUAAAAUGCAAAUGAAAAUAUACCACUACUGUUUCCAGUGGCGGCUCCAACCUGAGAUAAGUGGGGG